UGAAUGCGGAAGUUGCAGUAUGACUAAUUCCUAUGGAUAGAGACAGCCAGUGGUGCAGGGUAUGAUACUGUGGAAUGGACGAAAACCAGUGGGUGGUUGUGAACCCAAUGCAAGAUGAGGACUCGCUGAUAGAAGGGAUCAGCAAUCCGGUUCUGGCUGUGGUCGUUCUAAGCAUUACCUUUCUGGGUGGACUCGCGGUUCUCCUGUGCAGAAAUGAGCAGCAGAAUAUCCACCCAGAGAACCAGGAGCAUGUGAGGAUUGUCCGACAGCAGCUCCAGUCUGAGCAGGAUGCAGCUGCAGAGCCCAGGCAUCAGUUCUACACAGACAUGUCCUGUCCUGUUUGCUUACAGCAGGCCUCGCUGCCCGUGGAAACCAACUGUGGCCACCUCUUCUGUGGUCCCUGUAUCAUCGCAUAUUGGAGGUACGGGUCAUGGCUUGGAGCGAUAAAUUGUCCCAUCUGUAGACAAAUGGUGACACUGUUGUUCCCGCUCUUCCAGGAGGGUGACCUGCCAAAUCAGGCCCAGGAUGGACAGGUGGAGGCAGGACAGAUCCUGCAGGACGUCAAUGACUACAACCGGAGGUUCUCGGGUCAGCCGAGAUCUCUGAUGGACCGGCUCCGCGACGUCCCCACCCUGCUGCGCCACGCCUUCCGCGAGAUGUUCUCGGUGGGCGGGCUCUUCUGGAUGUUCCGCCUCCGCAUCCUGCUGUGUCUGGUGGGGGCGCUCACGUACCUGGCCUCCCCGCUGGACUUCAUCCCCGAGGCGCUCUUCGGCCUGCUGGGCUUCAUGGACGACCUCUUCGUCAUCCUGCUGCUCUUCAUCUACAUCUCUAUCAUGUACCGCGAGGUCGUGACCCAGAGACUGGUGGGGUGACCCCUCCGCCCCUGCCACCACCCCCACCACCACCCCCACCCCCACCCCUCAGGUCAAAGACACGUUUAGCGCUGGGGUUGUGCUGCCUGCUCCCUAUUGUCUCAAGAACUGUUACCUCAAGCUCCACCGGUGUUCAGUGAAGCUCUGUUGGCACAAGUUUAUUAAAAGGGAGUCCUCUGAAUUUUUCAGUGGUGUCACUUGUUUUGCUGAUGCUGACUGCCAUACAAAGCUGCCAUCUCUUUGACCCCAGAAAUGUUCUUUUUUCUUUCCAUAUGAGGGGAAAAAUUUACCCCUGUUUGUCAAUGUCCAAUAUCCGUGGUUAUUUUAGUUCAAAAAUAAUCUUUUGAAGCAUUGUACUUGAAAAAGUGGGUUUUGAAAAUAUCUCACCACACAGAUAUGAUUGGCAAAUUUUCAAUUUUAAUGUAGCAUUCAUUAAGUAUCAUGCCUAAAAUGAACAUUCAUUUGUGGAGUUUUGUGGAGGUAUUUUUGAAUGAUGUCAGUUUAUGUAAGACUGUGAAAAAAUCAGAGGACUCCUGUGUUUUUCAAAGUUAUUUUGUGUGGGGAGAUGACAUUUUAAUAAAGCUUGGACGACCUCUGUUUUUUGUUAGUCUGGUACAAAUUGUGUGUACAAAUCCCUUAAAGCACACCUUGGGUUCCUCUCAGAGGAUGCUGGAUCUUUGGAAAGUGUUUUGUUGGCUGUACCAAGAACCUGUAUAUCAACCCUGCAGAGAUUAUUUGCAUUUGCUGCACCCAACCGCACACUCUCCCAUAGUGUAGCUUCUGUUUCUAGCACUUAUAAAAUUGUUCCAAGGAACUUCAAAAAUAAUGUGAAGGUUGUAGUGAAAGAAAUUAAAGGGAAAUGACAAGACUAGGAUGAACUAGAAAUGUUUUAGUUUUUUCUCAGAGAAAUCCCUCUGAGCCACUUGAACAACACAAAAUGGCCACCGUCACUGACAGAAAUAAAGAAGUAGAAACCACGAACAAAAAUGUCAGAACACGGAAGAAUUUACUGGUGUGAAAUGAAAUAACACUGUGGUUUUGCGUACUUCGUUGACUGCAGCUUCUCUCUGGCGGAACUGUUCAGUUUUUUCUGCCUUAUUCACAUUGUUUGUCAUGCGUUAUCUAUGCUGGUGGAGUUGGUGUCACUUUAUUUUAAGGGCUUGUUUAUAUUGUUUACCAAAUAAUAGUAUGUGUCACUGCUUUGCAGACCAGCUUCUAGAACUUUUUACAGACCCGUUAGAAUGUAUAAUAGAUGUCCUAUUGAUGGUUUAAAGUCUUAGGAAAAAAAAAAAUCACAAAUUAUGUUAUUUUGGCAGAUUUGGUUCUUCUGACAUAAUUGUCACCAGUUUACCUUUGUGUUACGUUGUGUCCAAAGGAGACGUGCAGGAUACAAAUAAAACAGUUCAUCUCAUUUAAACUGGUAAAACUGGUGUGCUAAAUUGCAUAGACUUCAUUAGUAAGCAUUACUGCAUGAAUAAUUUGAGAGGUUACAGUAUAAAAAAGUCCUCAUUUGCAAAGUACGACUGUGCAGCUCAUCUGAGACAGAACGAUAGCAGUCAAAAGGAAUGUCUGCCUCUUGCUGUACUCGUGACAGUGGCUGCAUUGUGGUCGGGAGGGUGUGGUUUCUGAGAAAUUGCUUCCCUAUGAAAUCAAAGCUUGUGUUUCAGGCAAGCCUGAUUAGUAUUAUGAAAAUUGAUAUAAAUUUUAUGCAUUCUGGCCUUUUCUUCUGCUGUUCUUUGACCUGUUGGAUAUUCUGAAUGUGUCCCACUCUAUGCAGUGGUGUGUACGAAUUUAGACUAAUUCAAGAACUUCAAACCAUUGCACUAAUGUUCUUUAUCAGUACAGGCAAUAAAAGUCAUGUGUUGACGUCAAAUAUAAGAUUUGUUU